GAUUCCCCACCUGUGUCACAGUUCCCUAUAGAACACUGCAGCAGCAAAUGUCACUAGACUUAGUACUGGGCCCAGCAGUAAGGACAGAAAGUUGCUGCACUUCAUUCCACUCAGUAUCCUCCUUGGGACACUAAUAGCUGCUGCUCUCCUGACUCGCUCACUUCCGGUACAAUGACCUACGCUUCCUCUUCUCCACUAGCUCGGCGCUCACGUGAUGCAGUGAUGUCACCCGUGACGUCAGUAGGUCCAGCGGCGGGAUAGGAACUGGCCCAGAGUUAAGGCCUGAGCCCCGGAGCCCGAGCGAAGCCGGAUAUGAGGUGACCGGAGUGUGUGACGGGCCGCGGGGCAGAGCCGGGGGAAGGAGAAGUCAGGGGAGGCGGAGGUGCAGUAGGAGGCGCUGAGCGAAGCUUUACCGAGGAAUCCGGGGAGGCCUGAGGGCUCGGGAAACUGACAGGACUGGCCGGGAUAUUAACCCCCUGCUCCGCCGCCAUGGAUGAACAGGAAGCUCUGAAGUCCAUUAUGAAGGACCUUGUUGCCCUCCAGAUGGGCAGAAGACACCGAAUACCAGGAAUUGAGGCCGUGAAGACAAAGUGCAGCAUACAGCCCAAUAAACAGGCUGAUGUCAGAAUAAAGUUUGAGCACAGUGGGGAGAGAAGAAUCCUGCAGUUUUCUAGGCCUGUAAAGUAUGAAGAGGUGGAGCAGAAAGUCAAGAAUGUGUUCGGGCAACAGCUGGACCUCUAUUACAUGAACAACGAGCUCUCCAUUCCGCUCCGAAGUCAAGAUGACCUGGACAAGGCCGUGGAUCUCCUAGACCGGAGUUCCAGCAUGAAAAGCCUCCGGAUUUUGCUUCUUUCCCAUGAUAGGAAUCAUAUAUCAUCAUCCCAUACUGGUAUCCAGAAGCAAGUGCGUAUCAAGGCCUCUCAGUCUGUGGGGGAUGUUAGCACUGUGUAUCACUCAGUAGAACCACGGAGCCGGCAUCUCUCAGUCACUUCUCAGAACACAGGCCGCAGCUCCCCUCCUCCUGGAUACGUACCUGAAAGGCAGCAAAGAAUUGCCCGUCAGGGUUCUUACACCAGCAUUAACAGUGAGGGAGAGUUUAUACCAGAGACCAAUGAGCAAUGUGCACUGGACCCACUAAGUAGUACAGAAAAUUCCAUAUCCGGAAGCUGCCAGUCACUAGAUCAGUCGGAAGACAGCCCUUCCUUCAGGAAGUCUCGUAUGUCCAGAGCCCAGAGUUAUCCGGAUAAUAGGCAAGACUUCUCAGAUCGUGAGAAUCAAUUCUGCGAUCGAGCUGGGAAAGGUGGCACCUACCCUCGGAGGUACCAUGUGUCCAUCCAACACAAAGAGUAUAAUGAUGGACGCAGGACAUUUCCUCGGAUACGGCGUCCACAAGGAAACCUUUUUACACUUGUCCCAUCGAGUCGUUCCUUAAGCACCAAUGGAGAAAACCUCGGUUUAACCAUGCAGUAUAUGGAAAAUCGUGGUCGACUGCGCAGUGUUGAUAGUGAGAAUACCCUGACUGUCCAGGAGAGGAAUAAAUCUAGCAAAUCUCCCAGUGCCCCUAUAAACUGGCGUCGAGGGAAGCUUCUCGGUCAGGGAGCCUUUGGACGGGUAUAUCUGUGUUAUGAUGUGGAUAUAGGACGUGAGUUGGCGGCCAAGCAAGUCCAGUUUGAUCCAGACAGUCCGGAAACUAGCAAGGAGGUUAGUGCUUUGGAAUGUGAAAUCCAACUGCUAAAAAACCUUCAUCAUGACCGAAUAGUACAGUAUUAUGGCUGCCUGCGAGACAAAGGAGAGAGAACACUCACCAUCUUUAUGGAGUACAUGCCAGGGGGCUCUGUGAAAGAUCAGCUAAAAGCUUAUGGAGCUCUUACAGAGAAUGUCACCCGCAGAUAUACACGGCAGAUCCUAGAGGGUGUCUCCUACCUGCACAGCAACAUGAUUGUGCAUAGAGACAUUAAGGGAGCCAACAUCCUGCGGGACUCUGCUGGGAAUGUAAAGCUGGGAGACUUUGGGGCAAGUAAGCGUCUCCAGACUAUAUGCUUGACGGGGACAGGAAUCCGUUCAGUGACGGGGACACCCUAUUGGAUGAGCCCAGAAGUAAUCAGCGGGGAGGGCUACGGAAGAAAAGCCGAUGUCUGGAGCCUGGGCUGCACAGUGGUGGAAAUGCUAACAGAAAAACCUCCUUGGGCAGAAUAUGAGGCAAUGGCGGCCAUAUUUAAAAUCGCCACCCAGCCGACAAACCCGCAGCUGCCGCCAAACACUUCAGAGCAAUGUCGGGACUUUGUAAAGCGGAUAUUGGUGGAGGCACGACAGAGGCCGACUGCCGAAGAACUGCUUCGGCAUCCGUUUGCUCAGCUCACUUUUUGAGUCACUGUUUGCUUCUUGUUUAUUGGACCCAUUCAAAGAGACACGCUGGAGCCAAUCAAGCAGCCAGAUUACAUAUUUGCGUUUAUGACAAUCAUCCCCCGUGCUGUCUCUAGAGCAGGUUCUAGAGCUUAGCCGCCGGGGAUACACGAUCAGUGUUAGAGCAUUGGAGCAAUUGUUUCAUUCCGUCUCCUGACGAGUGUCAAACUGGGGGUCCUCUCACCCAUCACAAGACAGAUGCUGGUAGCUGAAUUCAUAAAAGAUAUACAAGACAAGUGCCUUAAGUAACUCCUCCUGUACCUGGGAUGCCAGAUGACUGUUUCCAGACGGCCCUUUUCGUUGUAAGUUAAAGGGAUACUGUCAUGGGAAACAAAACACAUCAGUUAAUAGUGCUGCUCCAGCAGAAUUCUGCACUGAAAUCUGUUUCUCAAAAAACAGAUUUUUUUUAUAUUUAAGUUU